AUGUUUGUCAUCGUUAUUAUUGUUGUUUUUGUUAUUGUUGUUCUUGCUGUCGUUCUUAACUGCUCCAUGAUGUUUAGGGCAAAACUGAAUUGCUUCGCCGUCAAAUUAGGCGUCAAAGGUGUGGCAACGUAUUCUCGCUUCUUAGACGUUGUUCAUCACUAUAUGCCACACUGUCAGAAGAAGGUAAACAAUAAAGGUCGAGUUGUAAAAGAAGACUUCGAAGUCAAUGACGGCGCAUCUGGAAACUGCAAGCCCAACUCGGAGACUCGCACCCCAAAGAUGAUGAAGUCGAGAUUUUUCGAUUUUCAGCGAGCGGGCUGCAGUUCCGAUGACUGUGUUGUCUAUCCAUCGACAAUUUAUCUUCCUGAUGGUGAACUAAUGCUGCCGAAAAACUGUCAAUUAUUUGCAAAGGACGAUGGUUCACCACCACCAAAUUGCAAUCCCUUUGAUUCGGCGGCCUCAUUUACGUGUUUCUCGGUAUCCAAAGGGGUUGAAGUUGACCAGUCGUUGGAUUUUGCUUUCUCCGAGGGUGGAAAUCCGCUACAUCGACCGGGGCAAAUGUAUUUUUGGUCGGAUAAAAGCCUGUUGGUGGCCAGUCCAAGCUAUGAUUGUCGGAAAUUGGAAAAUGGCUGUUUCUCCUCGCAUUCUCGUUGGCCGCCUUGUUUAUGUCAUGGGAAGCAAAAAGCUAUGCCAAACCCCGUAGUAUAUGUGCCUAGAAGAAGUAGCAUAACGGGUAGUAAUAACAAUACAUCACCUCCAGUGUCAGGAAGGAUUUUGCAUGACAAAUGUAAAGGUGGUGGUAUUGCUGAUGAUUGGACGGAAGAAUCUCAAGGUAAUUUUGGAAGGAAGUCGUCAUUUUCAUCGGCUUCUACCGCUAGUGUCACUGAUUGUUCUCAUUCCCCAGCUCUUUCACUACUCCAGCUUUCUGAUUCUCAAGCAUAG